AUGGACUCCCCUACGAAACCGAGAUUUCGGUUCAUAAACCUGAAACACCCCGAUGAUCUCAAAGAUGAGGAGACACAAGUUCGCAUUCGGCGCAUAGUCAUGGCAGAAGUCGGCAAGGCGCGAAGAAAGCCAAGGACAAGAAGGGAACGCAACGAAAUCGUCCUCGAAAUCCGUGAUCCAACGGAGGCGCACCUCGGUCUCGAGCGCUUCGGUGGCGGCCAGAUGGACCCGUUCUGUGUCUACCCUAUCAAAAUGAAUGAAUCCAAUCGAGCAUUAGUAGCAAACAUUCUCGACCCAAGCACCAAUCACCCAAUCCGGCUGCGGGAUUAUUGGUAUCCUGUAGGACUUAGCUGUGCAGCCAUAUUCCACAACGUCUUGUCAAACUCUCAGAACUUCAUAUUCCAGAAGUUGAAUGGAUCGUUCCCCUCACGCGACGAUGCUUUAGCUUUGACACAUUCUUACAAGGCACUUCGUGCCGCCAGCGAGAUGAUGAAGGACUCCUCAAAGCACAAGAGCGACGACAUGAUCGGGACAGUGGCAUCUUUCAUGUGUCAUCAUGCGUUGCUCAAUAGUUUCGCCGACGGUCACUGGUACAAGCAUCGAAAUGCACUCGUACACAUUGUAGAACUCAGAGGCGGUUAUGAAGCGAUUGAGAACGAGCACCUUCGGAUCACCUUGACAUGGUCAGAUCUCGUAGGUUGUUUCUCGCAAGAUAUUCCGCCUAUCAUUCCCUUGCCAGCCCAAUGGGAGGAUGCUUGCAGACCCCUAGCAAGCUCACCACGACCGCAUAGACCCAUGUCUCUGAUAUGGAAGAAACAGCUACCGAUGCAACUAGAAUGGAUCACAAUCUUUGACGACAUUGUGCAGCUUGUCUCACUUGAUCCGGCAUUCAACCGAGAGCAAACACUGUUGUCCGUCACUGAUAGCAGCUGGAUGGAGCCAAUUGCAUAUCGUCUCUUGUGUGUACGGCCGUUGCAACAGGGCCAUGAGCGUGGGAACAUGAUCGAAGAAGUGUGCCGGCUUGGCACUCUUUUGUUUUUGACGCCCCUGUGGAGGCUCCUAGGACGAUACACUAUCUGGACAGCAGUCAUAUCUCGCAAACUCCUACUUAGACUUACAGAGAACAUGGUGGAAUGGAAUGAGCUCGAGCCAUUGUUAGUCUGGGUGCUAUACUUCGCAGCAAUCGAAACGAAGGAUAUUGUGGAGCGGAGCCAUUUCGUCUUCAUGUUGGCAGUUGUCAUCAAGGGUAUGCACUUGCAAGAAUGGAGGGAAGUUGUGCCGAUAGUAAAAAACAUUUCGUGGGUGGAAGGUGCUUAUACCGGCAGCGAUGAGCUAAUUCGAGACGAGGUAAUGCAAAUUGUCAAUCAAGACUGUGUAGUGAACCGAUGA